AUGGCUCCCCUCUUCAUCUACAGGCUCAGCAGGUAUCAGGCCUUUGAGAAUGACUCUACGGAGUUGCUUGCAUUGGAGAAUGCACUCCAAACCCUAGGCUCAUCAGAUACAACAGCCACUUGCGAGGUUAUCAAUAAUUUUGGUCCCAAGCCAACUACAAAAGAUGAUAGUGCUCUCGAAAGGUCAUGA